GCGGCUCCUUGCGUCUCAUGGCUGCGCACGAGCGGCGUCAUUUUAGGGUUCUGCUGGCCGCUAUCCUUCUGACAGUAUUUCACUGUCCGCAUGUUGGUUCAGCUUCCCCUACGUCCAUUCCUUUGGGAUCAGAAGGACUCAAGAUGGGCUCUCUGCGUUUCGAUCCGCCGCGGAUGGAAUUUCCAGAUGAGCUCACCUGCGUGGCGCACACCGAAAAGGUGAACAUCUACUGCGACGGAUGCUUCGAUUUUCUGAACGUUGAAUCCGCCUCAUCGGAUGUGUUGGAGAUCAUACCAGCCUUGGCUCCCCGGAGCGGGGUAAAGACAAACAAGAAAAAGGGCAAAUCGCCGAUCAUCGCGGUUCUGCACGUGAUGUUUAUUGCGCAACAACCGGGUGAGAUCUAUGGCAAAAUCGCUGUUUCGACCACUGCAGGUGUAAUCAACUACGAAGUGUCAGGGACAGCGAAGCCAAAUUCAUAUGGCCUCGAGCCAGUGGUGCAUUCAAGAGCGAUCGGAGGAGAGGUGAUGCACCAUCCUGUGUCUGUCUUCAAUCCUUUCAAUGACGUGAUGCAGGUCACUCAGGUUUCAACCAACGACACCUUCAUUCAGCUUCUGGCGCCUGGCGAAUUUCGCCCGGUUGGCCAGAAGAGGACCCCUGCUGGAUCCAGCAGGAUACUUCCAGAACGGGCUGGUGCGGCAUGGACCAUCAACCCGCAAGAGACCAGCAUCGUGGGCUAUGCCAAGUUCUCUUUGCCUCCUGGCAAGUAUCGGGGAUUCAUCAACCUGAAGCUCGACAGAGACCCCUCUCGAAUCCUGAUUCCUGUGUCACUGGGGGUCAUGAAGGUGACAGGGGUCAAGAUCACGCCUGACAUUGUCGACUUCCAGACCUUGGUGUCGUCAGUUCAAGCCAGAUCGAUUUGGUUAUCCGUCACCAACAUGAAUUCGCAGCCCAUUCAGCUGCUGUCCUUGUUUGAUCCAACCCAGAACCCAAAUCUGCAGAUUUCAGGUUUCGACCACAAGAAAGGCAUUAGUGUGGCUCCCGAGUCGACCAUGCGAUUCGCGAAAGUGACCUACCAUGGUUCGAGGGAAGGCGCACUUCAUGGCAAAUUGCAGUUGAUCGUUAAUGACACAGAUGCUGUAUCUGCCACCCUUGCGGUACCAUACAAGGCCAACGUUUUAUACGGCUCUUUGGGCUUCAUGAACGACAAGACCAAAUUUCUGGCCACCCCAGGGCGAGUCACAUCAACCAUGCGCGCAAUCAUGGUGUCCAACAACUUUUCAGUUCCAAUUCUCAUCCGUUCAGCCAAAAUAGACGACCCCAGUUUCAAGAUAUCGCACUUCCAGCCAGACACCGUUUUGCAGCCUGGUGAGGCAGCUUCCCUCAUGCACCUGGAAUACACUUCCAAUGGAACUAGCGCCCUCUGCACCAGGGACCUAGAGCUGGCCACCAAUGUUACGGCGAUGAAGAUACCACUCCAAGUGUACCAUGGAAACCUGCACUGCCAGAUUGAACAUGGUCCACUGCAAGAAUGCAGUGCAGCUGCUAAUAGUUUGGAUCUCAACAUGGGCAUUUUGAGUGUCUCUGAAGCACGGCGCUCGCGAUUGAACAUCACGAACCUGAAUCCAGUGAACGUGACGAUCGAGGGCUGUAGCUUCAGUCACCCCAGCGUCAGCCUUCACAUGGACGGCAUUUUCACUCCUCAGGGGAUUCAGACGCGGGGGUCACGGCCAAUUCCAAAGCAAUCAAACACGAAGAAGGUGUUGACACUCCAAGCAGGACAUCGAUUGGCUCUAACUUUGGAGGUUCUUGAGAAGGAACCGACUGUAGCUGGCGGACCACCUGUGAAUGCCAGUGUACAGCUGCUCACAAAGCGAGGGGAAAAGAUCACCAUCAGAAUCAGGUACGAAAGCGUUCUGGGCGGGCUAAGCUUUUCUCCAGCGAGCUUGCGAUUUGAUGCAUCUUUCCCUGGACAAGUCCAGAGCCGUGUCGUUGCUGCGCGGUCAACCUUUGAGCAGCCUUUGCAGCUCAAUGCAGUUCGAUCCACCGAUAGCCGCAUCAUUCCAGAGCUCCUGACCAAGACCCUCAAACCGUUGGCUCGGACGGAAGUUGUUAGGGUCUACUACGAUCCAGCGAAGGCAACCUCUGUGCCUGGUGCUGGUACAGCAGAGGAUUCAGCUCGUGAGCUUUUCGCUGCUUCAGAGUCAGGUGAAACAGUUCAUUGGAAUACUCCAUUGACGCUUGACUUUUUGGAGCGGUGGAUGGCUCGCCAGAAAUCAGUUACGAAUUCAAACGGCAGAGGAACAUCAGAAAUUGAAGCCAUGUUGAUUUUUGACACGCAUAUCGUCUUGGGCGCCACCCUUCAAGUGCAAGCUUCCCUGAUGCAACCCCAUGCUCUGUUUGAGCCUAUGCUGGCAUUUGACCUCACGCAAGUGGGAGCUUCAAAAGCCCGCUGGUUGCUAGCGCAGAACCCCUCCGAUUCUACACUUGCAUUGCAAUUGGUGUUUCCAGUGUGCGCGGAUCAAGCCGCAAAGUCACGCUCGAGCCUUCUUCAGCAAAACCUGACAACCUCGACUGCACUUCAGGAUGGCAGUGGAUCUCCCAGUCUAGCAGCAGACUGUGAGGGUGGAAGAGCUUUCCACUUAGGGCCAGAAGCAGAGGGAAAGAUAUGGCACGUAGAACCAUAUGGUGAAGCUUCAAUUGGGCCCAUCAUUUUUGAGCCUUUUCAACAUGCACAGUUCCGGACCACGUUGUACGUGCGAAAUAACCUCACCACACUGCAUCCGGUGGAGCUGAAUGGCCAUGGCGGUUCGAGUCGGCUAGUUUUUCCUGAUGGUAUUUUAGAAUUCAAUUUGACAGUCUCAGACUUCGCCGAGGAGGGUAAAGAUGCGUCAGGCUUGCAGGGCAUCAGCAAUCUCAGACUGAAUGAAUCAGAUGAUUUGUAUGCUGAGAGCAAGCCCGGAUGGUUGUCCUGGAUGACGACAGCAAACCAAACUUCUGAGAGCGGUCUUGGUGAGGGUGACGACAAAGCGUCAAAGCCCUGGUGGAGACAACGUCGUUUGGCUGUGACGCGAAGCAUUGUGGCCACCAACGACUGUGAACUCCCAGUUGAGGUUGCGCAAGUGAACAUCGGUGGCAUUCCUGGAUGCAGUGCCUUUGGCUUUGAGGUGAGGGAUUGCCAACUGCCACUCACUGUAGCGCCGCACGAAUCUGUCGCUUUCAUGGUGUCCUUUACUCCAGAAGUGGUUGCUUCCAGAUGGGCUCAAAAUCUUCGUUUUCUCAGCGCCUCGGGCCGGCUGGUUUUGCAGGUUCCUCUGGAAGUCAAUCUCCAGCCGGAGCUUUUGCCAAUGCUUAGUGACUUACCGACGUCGCUUCAGAUCUUGGGAGAUCAAACGGAAGCUUCGUUGCGCAAGGCAGUGGUUGGCACCGCCUUCACCGUGCUUGUGAUGAUGCUCGCAGUUGUGGCAAUGGACAGUUUCCGAGCAUGGAAGGCACCUGUAGCUCCAGGACAUUUGAGCAAAUUGUUGAAUGGAUCAGCUUCAGAAACAUCUACUGCAGCUCGAAUUGGUGAAGUCAUCUCAAUGUUAUCCUGGACGAGUAUCGAUACUUUGGCGGGAGUGCAGGAGAAGGAGCCAUCUCGACAUGAAGAUGCUGGACAGCCACAGCCAGCUCAACAGCCCCAGGUCGCACCAGCACAGCAGACUACUUCCCAACAGCCGCAGGCGCAGGUUGCCUCGCGUGCGGAUGUCUCUCAGUCCGAGCAGCUCAAGGAGCAACAGCAGCAACUGCAACAGCAGCUGCAACAGUUGCAGCAAUUGCAACAAUUGCAGCAGCAGCAUUUGCAACAGCAUUUGCAACAACAGAUGAGGCCAGAGACGCAAGGUGGCGGCAGCCAAGGUGGCCAAAGCGGCCAAGCGGCCAAGGCACAAGCAAAGUCGCAGCCAAAGGCUCAACCAGUGUCUAAGAGUCAACCCCAGGCCAAGGCGCAGCCUCAGCCAAAAGCCCAAAAGGAUGGUAAAAAUCAAAAGGAGCAAAGUGUGCAGAGCACACCCAGCGCCAAAGCUGCAGCCAGUGCCGGACAUGCUGCAGCCAAAUCGCCCCCACCCGCAUCCAGCCAGACCGUGGUUGAAAGACGGCCAUCGCAGUCACUGAAAGAGGAUGCAAAGACCAAAAAGAAGGAGAAGGAUGUUGCAAAAGAUGCAGCCAAAGAAACGGAGCACUCGCCGCAAGCCAAGGCGCCAGCACUCAAACGCCAGGAGGAGGAGGAAGAGCGAAAACGUGAGGAGCGACGGGAACGAGAGGAGGAUCGGCGUAGAGAAGAGGAAGCCAAAAAGGAAAAGAAAGAAAGACUUUCUGCCGAGGAGACAGGUAAAAAGAAAGAGAGCAAAGCAAAAGCUGCACAGCCAUCAGCAGCUCCAUCGGUCGAGAAGAGCGCUGGUUUCUCCAAACAGCCGCCCACACAUCCUCCUGUGCAACCCUCGCCACAGCCAGUCCAGUCUGAAAAGAAGCUUCCGCCGCAACCGCAACCACCAGCACCACCUUUGCAGCCACCUACCCUGCCACCCGCACAGCCACCGGUGCCAACGCAGGCACAUCCAGCACAUCCGGCAGUCCCUCUGAAUUCCAUGUGGGCAGAUCACAAACCAAGUGUCAACCUGGACUUUGCUGGCCCAUCAAGUCAGACAGCGAUGCAAGAGGAUUCAACGGCGAUGGCACUUCCACCUCCGCCUUCAAUCCCACCACCACCAGCACCAUGCGGCAACAUGGCAGGGGUGAAGCCAAAGGCCAUCAGCCCUGCUCCAGCUUCUGAGAUGGAUCCAAGCAUGAGGAACAUUCAGCGCCCUCCUCCCGGAAUCGAUCUUGGCCUGUUGUUAACAGGACCAGCUCCAGGUUUGUCCCCACAACCUGUGUUGCCACCACCCGGCAUUGCCAAGCCCUUCCCCAACGACUCUACAAGUCUCGCGCCAGCAGAAGCAGCAGCUGUUUCAGCUGUGCAAGGGCUGGGAACGGACAGCUUUUUUGGUGGAGCGCCUGGUUUGGACUUUGGAGGAUUGAAUGGUUUGGGAGCCAUUGGCUUCCCCCCUGGCAUUUCUCCGAAACAACCUCAUGGACACAGGUUGCUUCAGCGUCCAGGCUCGAUUCCAGGUAUGCCAGGGAAUUCGAUGCCAGAGGAGUUCUACCCGCAGACGAUGCCAGAUACUUCCAAUCGCUUGGGGAUGUUUCAAGAAGCGCCACCUGCGAGUUCCUCGCUAUUCUCUUCGCCAUUUGGCAUGUUUGGCCCUAUUGGCUCGCACAGCUAUGGCGAUGGAAAUCCAGAUGGGAAUGACUUUUUGUCUGAUUUGCGAUCAGACUCUAGGAGGAUGGACAAGUGAGUUGAGAAGCAAUACGAAUGAUCCUCAGUGCGUUGGUGUCACUGACUGAGAUUGCGAAAAGCACGCAGGCUACUCGAGAGUCUCAGGACACCCCUCCAGUAGACACUGCCCAGAGGCGUAACGCCAUCCGCAGAAAAGAA